AACAAACUCAUUAUGGACGAGAUAAAAGUGCAUUUAAAAGAACUUUUCCUAAUAUCGCGUUUAUUCCUCACAAUAAUGCGUCUCGAAGCGUUUCUUUUAACUUUCGGUCUAAUAUCCGGUGCUAAACCGAGUGAAACAACGUUUGAAAAUGUGACAAUUUGGAAAAGUGCGGAGGAAGAACUGGCAGUGAUUGUGUCCUCAAACAGCCUCAAACAGCACCUCCCCAACACCUCGCUCGACCUAAUCGCAAUAACGGGGGAAAUACCCAUUUUGUACGAAAACUCACUUUCAAACAUCUCGAACGUGGAACAAAUCUACUUCCACGAAAACGAAUUAACCGAAAUCAAGCCGGGAGCCUUCAAAAACUUGACUCUGGAGGCUUUGGAGGUGUUUUACAGCAAUUUGACAACACUCAAGAGCGGGAUUUUCUGUAACGUGUCUUUGGAAAAACUCGAAAUUAGUUACAAUUUCCUUUCGAAAAUCGAGCCCUUUGGGGGUUUAACCGGUUUGAGGGUUUUGUCUCUGUCUCAUAACAAUUUGGAGGACUUGGAGGCGCACCUUUUGGACAAACUCCCCGAGCUGCAAGUGUUGGAUUUGUCGUACAACCGCAUUUCGGUGCUUCACCCAAAGUUGCUCAACAAUCAGUGCAAGUUGAAAACCCUCUUGUUGCGGAAAAAUAAGUUCUGGCACUUCCCCAACAUUUUUGAAAACUCUUCAUUGGAAUUACUGGAACUGUCGUCGAACUUAAUGUCGAAACUUCCUGAAGGUGUUUUGGAUAAUUUGCAAAACGUGUCACGUCUCUUCCUCUCGUUCAACCACCUUGAGUCGAUUCCUUCCAAUGUUUUUACCGGCCACCCAAAUAUCAAAGAAUUGGAUUUGUCGAAUAACAGGAUCACAACCAUUGCGUCAGACGCCUUCGACAACAUGCCCCAGCUAGUCAACAUCAAAUUUACGAGUAAUAAACUGGCAAAGUACGACCCAAACUGGUUUCACCGCACUCCGAAUUUGUACCAAUUGAAUUUGGCCAACAACCAGAUUGGGGACCUCCCAGAGGAAGUCUUCAGGAAUCUGUACAGCGACAAGAAGCAGUGGAUUUCUCUAAGUGGCAAUAAAAUCAAGACGAUUUCUCCGAACGCCUUCAGAGGUUUUAAGCGUUUCGACACUUUGAACUUGUCGUUUAACGAGCUGGAGAGCUGGGACGGGAGUCUUCUGGCCGACACCGAAGUGAUUUUCUAUUUGAAUCUGUUGCACAAUAAAAUUAAAUGCGUGGGAGGUGAUCUCGACCAAGCUUUUAAGGCCAAUUUCACGUAUUUGGGAAUGAACCCGUUGGCGCCCCGGUGCUUGCAGAAAAUCCUCGAUUGGAGAGGAGACAAGCACGUGGUGUGUACGGCCCCUUGUUUGUUGUAUUAAACAGGGACGUAGCUAGCUCUUAACUACAGAAAGGGCACAUUAUUUUGUAGAAGGGCCAAGUAAAUCUAAAUGUAGACUAGUAUUAAAGUCAAGAAGAAGGUCGAGAUGAAGAAAGGGACUGAGUAGGCAACAUUUAAUUUUUAGUUUGACGUGUGACACAAGAUGUGUAGGAACUUUCAAACUCAAUAUACAGACGCACAAAAAUUA